UUGUUAUAGGAGGAGAAAACUGAAGAAGAAAGAGGAGACUAAGAAAAGCGAGGAUAUGCUACUAUUUGAUACAAGUAUGACCAUGAGGACUGGUGCUAAUGAACUCUGUGAUGGAGACAGUACUGGAAAAGGUAAGAGUAAGGAUCUUUGGUUGCCAUUGUUCAGCUUUGCAAGUGUAUCCGCUGCUACGAAUAACUUUUCCCCAGAAAAUAAGCUAGGAGAAGGUGGCUUUGGACCUGUCUACAAGGGAAAACUACUUAAUGGACAGGAAGUUGCUGUGAAAAGGCUUUCAAGGUAUUCAGGGCAAGGACUAGAAGAGUUGAAAAAUGAGACCUUGCUUAUAGCCAAGCUCCAACACAGGAACCUUGUUAGAGUCUUGGGUUGCUGUAUGGAGGAAGGAGAAAACAUUUUAAUCUAUGAAUACAUGCCUAACAAAAGCUUGGAUUCAUUCCUUUUCGAUCCAAGAAAAAAGGGUGUAUUAGAUUGGACAAUAAGGGUUAGGAUUAUAGACGGGAUAGCUCAAGGACUCUUGUAUCUUCAUCAAUAUUCCAGGCUUCGAAUUAUUCAUAGAGAUUUGAAGACUAGUAAUAUACUUUUAGAUAAUGACAUGAACCCCAAAAUAUCUGACUUUGGCUUGGCAAGAAUGUUUGCUGGUGAUGAGAUACAAGCAAAUACUCAACGGGUUGUUGGAACAUUUGGUUAUAUGCCCCCUGAGUAUGCACUACAAGGCCUCUUCUCCAUAAAAUCUGAUGUGUAUAGCUUUGGAGUAUUGCUUUUGGAGAUAGUAAGCAGCAAGAAGAAUACAGGCUUCUACCACAGUGGCUCUCAUAAUCUUCUUGGAUAUGCGUGGAAACUAUGGAGAGAUGACAAGGCUUUGGAUCUGAUGGAUCCUGUACUGGAAAACAAAGCAUCAUAUCCAAGUCUUCUGAGAUACAUUAAUGUUGCACUUCUGUGUGUGCAAGAGAAAGCAGCCGAUAGACCAACCAUGUCAGAAGUAGUCUCAAUGCUUACCAAUGAGCUUCUUGUUUUACCUUCUCCCAAGCAGCCAGCUUUUUUUCAUGUGGGAAUUUCUCAAAAUUUAAUCCAAGCUUGUUCAAUGAAUGACAUAACAAUCACAGAAAUGGAAGCUCGAUAG